AUGUUCACCAAUAAUAAUGUAAUACCGUUCGACACUUCGAUUCCUUCGUUAUCGCCAAAUACAUCAUCAACACCAUUAUGUGAUCAUCAUCCAAUUUUUCAGAGUCAAAUAACAUCAACACUUGAUACGUCAUCUUCAUCAUCAUUUUACAAUAUUGCACCAUCACCUCAAUCAACAUUGUAUAAUGCUGCACCACCACCACCACCACCACUACAAUCAACAUUGUAUAAUGCUGCACCACCACCACCAAUACAAUCAACAUUGUAUAAUGCUGCACCACCAUCUCAAUCAACAUUGUACAAUGCCGCACCAACAUCUCAACAAGAGUAUCAUUGUCUAUAUCCAUAUCAACCUCAGUCACAAACUUUAUUGCCCAAUGAAUGGGAUUUAAUAUUAUCGUUACGAAUGAUGCAAAAUUUGAGUGUUUUACCAACAUUUCAACCACUAUCUUCUCCAGCAUAUCCGCAUACAGGUGCCACAACAUCAAUAACAGCACUACAGCAAUUAUAUCCUCAACAAAUCACGUAUUCAACGGCACAAUUACAGCAACUAUCGACAACAAGUACACCAUCACCUUUAAGAAUCUCAGUGCCACCAGUGCUUACACAAACACGCUCAUCUCCAUCACAUUCAGGUCAUCGGAAUCAAUCACCUGUACCACAAUUACAAACACUUUUAUCACCACUACAUUCAGGUCACCUGAAUCAAUCACCUAUACCACAAUUACAGUCUUACUCACCACCUCCUGUUUCACCGCCAUUAGUCAUUGUUUCACCAGUACAAAAACAACAAAAAUCUCCGAAUCAAAUUUUAUCAGUUUCUUCACAACAACAUCAAUCAACUAAUCCACAAAGACCAACAUUCGUUCAACAUAAUCCAUUAGUAACUGAACCAACCAUACAAUUAUGUGAUCCAACAAAACCUUAUGAAAUUGGAGAUAAGAUUAAAGUUGGUGGACGUACUUUACAAUCAGAUCGAUCAUCGAUAAAAUAUUGGGUUGAAGACGACAUAACUAUCACCCAAACAGCAAGUGGAGGACAUAUAUUGAAUAUGGGUGGUUAUUCUUAUUAUCGAAAAAAUUAUGGAAAGAAUUUCAUAACGUGGGAAUGCGAACAUCGACGUUAUCGUCAAUGUUCAGCUGUAGUUAUUCGAUCAUCAGAUCCGAAUGUGAAAAAUAAUUUUCGAAUCUAUUCUAUUCAAGGUGAACAUACACAUGAACCAAUACCAGAUAAUAUUGAAAUAAGAAAAUUUAAACAACGUGUACGUGAACGAUGUAAAACAGAACUUGCUAAUCCACGAACAAUUUAUGAAGACGAACUGAAAAAAGGAAAAUAUUCAAGAGAAAUGUUAGCAGUUAUACCAACAUUUUACAAUAUGCGUGAGUAA